AACUUGUUCCUGAAGCUCAUGAGCAAAGUCAAGUUCAUGAAGCUGUUCAGUCUAGGAGAAUCAACCUCUGAAAGCGUGUAACCACUGCAGUGAUUUGGAGCAAUUGCUGCUGUCAGUACUGGGUUUUGCUUAUGUGGUAUUUUGCAGCUGAUACGUUGCUGGGAUGUGGAGGAGACUCAACGCUACGCGGGAAGUGGACCCGGUAGAGCUCCCGAACUGCCGGCUCAUUAAAGGCAUUGAAAGGGGUUCAGAAGACAUCGACAUACUCCCUGAUGGGCUGGCCUUCAUUAGCUCCGGUUUGAGAUAUCCAGGAUUGCACAGCUUUGCAUCAGACAAGCCAGGUGAAAUAUUUUUGAUGGAUUUGAAUGAAGAAAAUCCAAGAGCAAUUGAACUGAGAAUCAGCCGUGGGUUUGAUCUGGCGUCGUUUAGCCCUCAUGGGAUCAGCACUUAUAUAGAUGAAGAUGAUUCCGUGUACCUCUUCGUUGUGAAUCAUCCACAUCAGAAGAGCACAGUAGAAGUGUUUAAAUUUUCAGAAGAUGACCGUUCUCUUGUACACCUGAAAACUAUUCGACAUGACCUUCUGCCAAGUGUGAAUGAUUUAGUAGCUGUGGGACCAGACAGCUUCUAUGCUACCAAUGACCACUACUUCUUUGAUUUCAUCUUGAUGUACUUGGAGAUGUUCUUGGGUUUGACUUGGUCAAAUGUUGUUUACUAUAGUCCGAAAGAAGUUAAAGAAGUAGCAGCUGGGUUUUAUUCAGCCAAUGGAAUUAACAUUUCACCUGAUGGAAAGUACAUCUAUGUUGCAGAUAUAUUUGAUCAUAAUGUCCAUGUUCUGGAAAAACAUGCUAACUGGAAUUUAACCCACGUGAAGACGCUGCAGCUUGACACUCUAGUCGAUAACUUAUCUAUUGACCCUCACACUGGAGACAUCUGGACUGGAUGUCACCCCAAUGGAAUGAAGCUGAUCUACUACAGCCCUGAAAAUCUGCCUGCCUCUGAGGUGCUGCGGAUCCAGAACAUCCUCUCGGAGACGCCCACAGUGACGCGCGUGUACGCCGAGAACGGCUCGGUGCUGCAGGGGAGCUCGGUGGCGGCGGUCUACGAGGGAAAGCUGCUCAUCGGCACAGUGUUUCACAGAGCGCUGUACUGCAAGCUAUAGCCCGGCCCGGGUGAGAUUUGCUGCAGCCGAAAGGGUUUAAUUCCAUGUGAACUCGCAUAGUUUCUGCUAAAUUUGCUGAUUGCAAGAUUCUUCCAAUUAACCAGAAUCAUGGGUCAGGCGUUUUAGCUUUCCGCUCCAAAAGGGAAAUGAGAUUUUUAUGCAAGAGUAAAGGAAACAGAAUGUCAGGUGAGACGUUAGAGCUUCUCUGUCCAAGGCAGGUAACUCGCUGUCAGCAGCAAAGGCUGAACUCGAAGUGCAAGCUGUGACUGCGAAUAGCUGAAACUGCCAGACUUGGAAUUACCUAUCUAUUGUGACUGGAUUUCUGUUUAUUUCUUGGAACAAUUUGAUUUUUUUAAUGUGCAAAUUGCUACCCACGUGCGUGAUGCACUUUCCUGUCACUGAUCCUGGGCCUUUCCCAGGGACUGAACUGCCGGCGGGUCUUUUCCUAAACCUUCCUGCCAGCUUCCCCGUACGCUUCAGGAACCAGAGGAAGGAGAAUUAAUGUUAUUUCAGCCUCAUUUCUUCUCUCUUCCCCUUUUAAGCCAUUAAAAUAGCUUAAAUUUAAGUGUUUUAAAACAUUAAAGAUGUUACUUCAGUUUCAUAAGCUUAAUCCUACUGAGGAAAGAGGGGACAUCACUUUGGCAAUGGUUUCUUAGUGACUCUUCCAAAGGGAGCUUUAAAAAAGCCUUUUUCCUUGAUGUGCAUCUCCUUGAUGAGAUUGGAGUAUUAAGUAAGUUAUUUGUGAUUAGCUAAAAAGCUUGCUUGGUAGCAUUUGUUAAAAAUUAUUUUAGGCUCGUGACACUAUUUGUUCAGAAAUAAAAAGUGUCACAUUCUAAAGCGUCAGGCGUUUAAAGCAGUGGUAGUGAGACAGCUAAAACACUGACUGGUUUACUGUGUGGUUGGAUAAGUAGAAGGGCUGGCAUCAGUGUUUGCCUCAGCAGUUGUUAGGAGUGACUGAUGGCAAAACUAAAAGUUUCACAUUUUCCAGUAACCUAAGCAUCUUCAGAUGAGUAAAUCUACAAGUUGUUGGAUUUUGUCACACAUCUCCCACUUUUCUAAUUGUUUCUGGCCAUUCAGAAAAUAAAUAAAGACUGUGUUCACUGGUUA